UCGCAUUUACGUUAUCUGGGAAUUGUGCUUCUGUCAAAAGUGUGUUUAUGCUAAAAAAAGUGUUCGGGUCGCGUUCUUUUACCAACAAUUGGAGCGAAAACUUUUGCACGGCAAUUACACUUUAUUAUAGGCUUCUAAACUGCAUUAAAGAUAGUACAAGAUGAAGUUGGUCAGAUUCCUAAUGAAACUCAGCCACGAAACGGUAACCAUUGAGCUGAAGAAUGGCACACAGGUUCACGGUACGAUUACUGGUGUGGAUGUAGCGAUGAACACGCAUUUAAAAGCGGUGAAAAUGACCAUAAAGAAUCGAGACCCGGUUACACUCGACUCACUCAGCAUCCGCGGUAACAACAUCCGAUACUACAUUCUGCCAGACAGCUUACCGCUGGAAACGUUGCUAAUCGAUGACGCGCCCAAGACGCGAGCAAAGAAACGUGAAGCGAAUCGUGGAGGGCCGCGUGGUCGUGGCAGAGGUACGCGAGGGGGCCGCGGUGGACCACGGGGCGGUCGUGGCGGUGGACGCGGACGCGGAAGACGCUAGAUGCGAUCGCUGGACAGGUCGCAACCAUCCUCAAACAUUAGCCAUAAGAGACAAGUUCAUUACAUAUAAAUAUUUGAGUCAUUUCGAGCGGAUACUACACAAACGAAAUAAAGUUGUGAAAAGUGGUAAGCUUGCUUACAGAUGAACA